GCCAUGUUAUCUCUUCAGCUAAAAUCCCCAAUUAUUUUCAUCCCUCUCAAUUUCAAAACCCUAAACCCUCCAAAAAUCAAAUGCUGCAAAUCCGAAGUCCAAACCGAGAGGGGCCACACUUUCGACACCGGCGGCACCUUCUUCCGCCACGAGAGCGCCACCGGCCGCGACCUCGGCGUGCUUGCCGCCGCCGUUUACAAGAAGGACCACAAUGCCCUCCGGGUGCUCGACGCAAUGUGCGGCUGCGGAAUCCGCUCCCUGCGCUACCUGGCGGAAGCUGACGCCGACUUCGUGCUGGCCAACGACGCGAAUCCGGACUACGGAGAGCUUAUUUCGGCCAAUUUGGGGAAGGCCGGCGUCGGAAAUGAGAGGUGGGAGGUGAAGCACCUGGACGCGAAUCGGCUUCUGACGGAACGUUAUUUGGAAAGGGAUUAUUUUGACUUGAUUGACGUGGAUUCUUUUGGAAGCGACUCCUCUUUCUUGAGGUCUGCCAUGUGUUCUGUCAAGCUGGAUGGGCUUUUGUAUCUCACUUGCACGGAUGGAUACUCCUCUGGUGGGCACCGUCCUCAGCAUACCUUGGCUGCUUAUGGAGCUUAUGUGAAGCCAAUGCCAUAUGCAAAUGAGAUUGGAUUGAGAAUGCUUAUAGGUGGUGCUUUGCGUGAAGCUUCUGUGUUGGGCUAUCAUGUGGUUCCACUUUUCUCCUGCUACUCAUACCAUGGCCCUGUGUUUCGAGCAAUGCUCCAACUUAGGCGUGGCAAGUUUCCCUUUAAGAGGCAUUAUGGUUUCAUCAGCUACUGUACUCAAUGUGGGAAUUCUCAGUCUAUCUCAUGGGAUAAACUCGGUCAAAUGAGAUGCACCUGCGAUGAUAUUCCUGGCUCACUUGUUGUUUCAGGGCCCCUUUGGACUGGGCCUCUUCACAAAACUUCUUUUCUUACUGAAAUGGUAAACUUGGCUGAAAAGUGGGGCUGGAUAGGCAAUGGAACAGGAAAACGUAUGGAAACUUUGCUAAAGGUUAUGAUUGAUGAAAGUGACCCCUUAUUGCCAUUUGGGUACAUCAAACUAGAUGAGGUAUCAAGACGAGCAAAGAUGAACUCCUCUCGAUUGGACACUAUUUUGAAUGCAUUGCACAAGGAAGGUUAUGCCGCUAGUAAGUCUCAUAUAGCCACCAACGCGAUUAAGACAAACUGCUCUAUGGUUGAUUGUGUAAGGCUUGCUAAGGGACUUAGAGAGGCUGCUGAUGAAAUGAUGCAUAGUUGCAUUGAAGCGUAGGAACAGUAACCCUCCUGGGAAAGGUAUUUUUCUGGAUCCCAUGGUUAUGAAAAAACCACAUGUUGGCUUAGCUAAAGAUGGCUCAAGAAUGUAGCAUUCAACCACGCACCAAUCUGGCAUCGACACCCUCGACUCUAUUGCCUGAGCAUUAUAUGGCCUCAGAGAUGGUAUUAGUUGGAGUGGUGAUCUUGAAGGGAGCAGCAGAGCACAUAUAAUCUUGUUAUGUUCCAUUAAUUUUUUGGGGUGGCAGGGAGGUGAAUUGUAAAAUUGAAUUUUGAUGCAAGUUUCCUAUAUGUACAAAUACUGCCAUGAAUUGCAUAUUGAUCCAUUUUUCCUGCUA